CCGAUUCUGCUCUUCUUCUUCCCGCUGCAGCCGAACAAAGCCCCCAAGCUGCCGGCGACUUCCUCCCUUGAAAAACCGGUAAAGCUUGAUGAUUUUCCCUUAUUUUCUUGUCCAAGAACCUGAUUUAGAACCCAGAAAUCUUCCCCCCCUGCUGGAAAAGCCGGAUCUGCCCUGCUCUGCUUUGUCCUUCCGCCGGCUGCUCUUGAUUGUGGGUGAUUUCUGGGCAUUUUUUUCGCUUGCCGCCGGCUUCUUCCCCCUGCUAGGUCCGGUUCUUGCUGGAAAAUUCUGGUUCCAGAUCGUUCUGUCAGUUAGUGCGUGAAUUGAGUGCUCGGUUUUAUGCGAGUGAGGAUGUGAAAUCGAGGACGGGGAAACCACGGGAAGUGACGAGUUAGAAGGCUAGCCAUAUUGUAAUUGGAUAUAGAUUUUCAAAAUAAAUCAUGAUCUUGUAAGCUAGAGUGUAUUUGGAGAUUUAUGAUCGGAGAAAUCUUAUAAUUUGAUCUUCAGAUUUUGAUGGUAUCAGAUUGUGGUGUGAUAAGUUUCGAGCCU